ACACUGAGUGAGAGAGAGAGAAAGCGAGAGAGAGAGAGAGAGAGAGAAGCAACCAAGCAGAGAGGGAGCUGGCGGUCUGGUGGCCUUGCAUAACACACGUUAGAGCAGCCUUGCACGUAGGUCUUGGUGUGAGCUCUAGAAGUGGGGAACUUCCUUUACCGUCAGCUCGUUGCAGGGGCAGCAUACCCUCCAAAAACCGGAAUUCAGAGGCAGAGACAGAGAGAGAGGGAGCGAGAAGGAGGCAUAACAGGAGCAGCUUUACAGCACAGGCUCCAGGAGAGGAGAGCAGCACAAAGGAGAGAAACGGGAAGAGGAGUCCUACUAGGAAACACGUCUCUAACACAGACGCACACGCGCUGACAGGCAGGAAGAAUCCUCGGACAUGCUCUGCAAGCAGUGGCUGUGGUGAGACUGAUUCCCAUCGACAUUGUGGAAGAGGCGGAUCGAUCAGAGAUGAUUCCUCAUGAAGUCUUUGGGGCUCAUUUUGUGAGCAGGAGUGACUCCGUCUUCUCCGGUGUGAGACCCUGAACAGUGAAAACAAACAACAGAGGCAGAGUCACCAAGCCCAGAGAGGCUGGCCCUUCAUAUAACCACUGAGGGGAGGUGAGACAGAGAGAAAGUAGCCUCAGAGGGACCUAGAAGCAGUGCCAGGGAAUAUUAAAACCGCAGCGGCACAAUGAAAUCUAACCAAGAGCGAAGCAAUGGAUGCCUUCCUCCUAAGAAGCGUGAGAUCCUGGCUAUGGAGCAGAGGCCAGUGGUAGUAGCAACAGCAACACCACCUGCUGCAGUUGCAUCUGAUAGUCCCCACACAGAAAACCUAGCAUGGCUGGCCAGUGUAGCCAGUGAACGCUGCAAAUCCAGGGAAGCAGAGAGCCCCCGAUGUCCCGUCUCCUCUGCUUCCUCCUCUUCUCCCUCCACUUCUAUUCCUUCUUCAGCCACACCUAUAUCUGCCCUACCCUUGGCCUCUCUGCCUGCAGUUUACCCCGCAGCCCUACCCCAGCAAGCUGGAACAAUCCAGUUUGCUCAACUGGGACCUAAUGUUCAGUUCAUCAGCUCUGGGCCCUAUGCAGGAUACAUAUCCUCUCAUAUCAUUUCAACAAAUGCUAAUUCUGUGCAAAACAGCUCGACCAUAGUAGGACAGCGUCCCCAGCUGGAUGGUUACACCACUGCCCUUAUCUCGCCCAACACCAAAGGGGAGCAGCAGUUUCAAAUAGGCCUCUCCCCCACUGAACUGGCCCCCGUGUCACUCCCAAGCUCUCCUCAAGUCACCAGCCAGUACAUCCACCUGGACAGCAGAGCACCUCUGACUGUCAGUGGAAAUGCCGUCGCCUCACCUACGGCCCAACUUCAGCUCCACCCUCACACAGCCGUCCUCCCCCAGACGCUUACCCUUGCUCCUUCCCAGCUCGUGGUCCAGUAUGCAGAUGGUUCAGCUGGAAAGAAACCAGAAGGGCACGCUAAGGCUGUGCUGAACGGGGAAGUGGAGGUAGCCAAACAGGCAAAAGCCACUAGUCAGCCAGCAAACCAUCAGCAGGUGCAGAGUUAUGAGGCCAGACAUAUUCUCCUACCUGCUGACUAUGGCCAAAACCCUGCAGGACUCCAGACCUCUUUGGUGCUUGUGGCCCAGCCCAACCAUGGAGCUGAACACGAACCUGGCUCAAAUAAGAUCUCUUUAGUCCAGACUGAGAAAGGAGGGAUUUGCUUGGGAAAGCCAGUGUCCAGACCUUCGUCUUUUGCCUCCUUUUCUUCGUCAGAAGUGGUGAAGUCUGUUGCUCCACAUACUGUCAUCCAGACCACUCUACCCCCUGACGAGAUGCCAGCCAGUCUCUACUCUUCCACACAGGCACCGAUCAUUGGCUAUAUCACAAGUGCAAACCAGCAUACUGUCAGCUACCACGCAGCACUGCCUCCGCACCUGGUCAUCCCGAGUGGCCAAUCCCUCCUCAUUCCAGUCAGCAGUUCCAAUAACUGCGCAGAAAUGGAGGUUAGUCGUACUGUAAGUGCCCUCACCGCCACCACUACCCCUCAGAUAUCCACCGCCAUGCCUCAUGCCUAUCUGGCCACAGCCCUGUCCAAGUGUGAGGCACUAGGGCCAGAUGGAAGUCAACCACCCACCGCAGUUGCACAGGCUCCAGCAUUGUCAGUACUGCCUUCAAACCCGAUUCCUGCAGUGGUGGCUACUCCCUCCCCGACUCCCACUCCAGUUCCCGCUUCUGUCCCUGCUGCCAUCCAGGCCUCCCCCUCGGUUUCCGCUUCCUCCUCUCCUGUGGCGCUUCCUCCUUUCUUCAUGCGGGGCUCCAUCAUCCAGCUGGCCGAUGGAGAGCUGAAGCGUGUGGAGGACCUCAAGACAGAGGACUUCAUCCAAAGCGCUGAGAUUAGCAGCGAGCUCAAGAUAGACUCCAGCACCGUGGAGCGUAUAGACAGUGGUCAAAGUCCUAAUGCUGUGGUUAUACAGUUUUCUGUAGGAGAGCUCAAAGCCCAGGUGUGUGUGGAGGUGCUGGUGGAGUAUCCUUUCUUUGUCUUUGGCCAGGGCUGGUCGUCGUGCUGCCCUGACCGGACCACACAGUUGUUUGAGCUGUCCUGUGCUAAGCUCUGUGUGGGGGAUGUGUGUGUGUCGCUGACCCUCCGUGGGAUGAGGAAUGGUUCUCUAACAGACAGCCCAGCUUUGGGGAACAAGCUAAAGCCCGGCCACCUCUCUGACUCCUGUCACAACAUGGAUCCCAAUCUAAGGAACAGUAUGAGUGCAAACUCUGUGGGCAGUAACAACGGUCUUCUCAUGAAGGCUUCCAAUGGAGACAGACUGGAGAGGCAGCAGCCCACUGGUCCGGGACCAGGAGUAGAGCUACCAGCAGGAUUGGGAAUACUUCCGGGACAGGCAGAAGGGAUCUACAGAGCUGGACCUGUGCUGGCAAUCUCUGGGACUGGAGACGUAAGACAGGAAUCAGUGAAAACAGACAUGUCUACUCUGUCUAAACAACAAUGCAGUGAGGCAGAGAGACCUGCAGUCCGCAAGAGACGCUGGUCAGCACCGGAGCGAGACCAGACUGAGAGAGCUGAGGACGAGCCUCCCGUGACUCUGCCCAAACCCUCCUUCCUCCCUCACGAGGUCAAAAUCAGCAUAGAGGGCCAUUCACGUACAGGGAGUGAAAGAUGCUUGAACAAAAGAGUAGACUGUUGAGAGAAUUUUAAAGAAUUUUAAACACCUGCGAGAUGGGUUGUGUUUAGUCCCCACCCCCAACCUCCUUGUUUCUCUCUAUCCAGACUACUGUAAUAUAAGACUGAGUUUACGCAGUAUUUACAUGUUUUCUUUUCUUUCAUACAAGUCUGAUACAUAUAAGUAAGGACAGCGGAAUACCUUCAUAAGUGGUAUCACACACAAGAUCAGUGCAAUCAAUGCUGAAAGCAAAAAUGAAUGCAGAGUGAAUGUUGAGUACGAAUGGCUGGCACACAUCUGAGAGUCAUUUGGUUUGCGUGUCACAUAUCAUAAGCUGGCUCUCCGUUGGAGAUGGACUUUAAACAUGGUGGAUGCAGGUCAGUUAACCAUUUAACAAGAGCAAGCACAGACCCUGACGUCAGUGUUUAGAAAGUCGGUAAAUAUAUUUCGGUUUGGUUGUGAUUCACUGUUAAUUUGGUUUGUUGUGGCGCGAGGGAGUCAAAGAGAGACCUUCUGAUGUUUUGAUGAGAACGCUCAGUCAUAACAACGAUAAACUCUGAGUUUUAGAUUAUUUGUCUUUUUAUGCCGUUACAAAUCCAUAUGCUACUGCAGGUGGCCUUGUCUGUGUAUGUGUGUGUGUGCGUCACUGAGUGUUUGUGCCUGAGCGUUGGUCUCUGUGUGUGUGUUUUUUUUCCAUGUCUGUUAAACAGACCACAGGAUUAAAGCGUGCAUGUUGCUGGAAGCUAUGAGCUCAAUUGUUAACCUGUAAAUCAAGACUGAUAAGGCCUGAAUGUAAACCACUCAGUCUGUCCUCAGUACUGACUCGUGAAGUCGUGCACGCGCUGUUUGCCACGCCACUCACAAGAUAAGGUGACGGCAGCUGCACAUAGAUGCAUUCCUCUGGUAAAGUUCCUUUGUUGACUUUGCCUCAAUACCUUGACCUUGAGUUUUAGUCUCAUACUCCCUUUCAGCGACUGCGUGCUUCACUAAAUUACAUCUGUCGUUAGCUGUGGCUGCUGUAUACAGUGUUUCAGAUCCAUACAAACAGAGAUAAAUCAAGGUAUUUCUAUCUAAUAAAGUUUCAGUUAAUUCCUGUGUGGAUUGAGCCCUAAUACUGCAAUGCAAAACAUAGCUGGCUAACUGCAUUAACUAAUGAGGCACCCGGAAGACACAGAGCAACAUUCAUUUGGAGUGUUUUUCAGACAGCCAGGAAGACGUUAAGUCCACUUUAUCAUACUUUUUAGCUUUUUUUUUGUAACCACUUCCCGAAGAGUAUAUCUGGCUUUUGCUAAUCUCUGCAUCACCAGCUAGUUGCUGACACGCUUGUCUGCUGUUUGGUGCUGGACGAGUACAAGCUAACUGAAAUCAGCUGCCAGUAAGAGUGGAGAUAGAAUGUUGCAGGCCGCAACUGCACAAUAUUAAACUGAACGAUGCUGAACAGCUCUGUGGCUCUCUUAUUAUUGCAGUGAGCUUGCUUUCAUUACAGAAUCUAUGGCCUUAGAUCUAUAGUAUGUAUCUAGUUCACAGCAGCACAUGGUUCUUUGGGUUUUUCCGUUAAAAACCUUAAAGGCGGUGUGCCUUUCUUAAGCCCGUACAUGUAUUUCAGAGCACUGCUGUUCCGAUUAAAACAGCAAACGUUACUUUCUGACAGUAGAUUAGUGGACAUGUUAUUUCUUUCCUAAAGAAAUAUCCUACAAUUCAUACUCAGGAACAAUAUAUGUCUGUGUGCGUGUGAGCAGCCAGUUUAUGCCGUGUGUGUGAGCGUGUGUGCGUGUAGGCCUGAAACAAUGUUGUGUGUGUCCACAGUCAUGUGUACAUGUGUGUUUUGACAGCAGCACUUUGAUGAAGCAUCCGAAUGGAGUGUGGUGGCGGUGUCCCUCCUACUCAGCUACUAUUAGAUAUUAUGAGAAUAACUGACUGUUUUUCAUCGCAUCACAUGUCCUAAAGGUUUAUCACUGAGAGAGAGAGAAAACACAUUAUAUAGUGGAGCAGGGAAUGUAAACACACAUUGGGCAAACUUUAUUUUUGAUGAUUUAUAGAGCUACUAUUCAGAGAAAGAAAGAGAGAAAUGCAGAGUUAACUAGCCAGCUAGUGUUGAUCAUGUACAGUGCAUUGUAAUCUAGAAAGUGUACAGUGUGUAUUUAACCCUUAUGUAGCCUAUGUACUGUAUGUGCCACGGCGCCUCCUUCUUCAAUCAUUCCAUUAAUGCACCAAAACCAAGUGGUCCUAUCGUUUCCGUCACUUCUGGUAUUGAUCAAAUGUCAAUGAAUGUGCUAUACCUCUUCAUAAUUAGGGCCUCCUCAGACGUAAUUUGAUUUGCACACUGCAACUUUACAGUAUGUGUGAAUAUGGACUGCAGUUUCUCAUAAUAGCCAUUGAACUCCUAAAAGGUGUUUAUUGUAAACCCAAGUAACCAGACUGUUCUGUUUGUGUUUGACUGCUCAGGCUAAACACUGCCCAGUGACUGUUCUCCAAAGCUACGUGGUCUUAUAUCCUACUCACUGUUACAAAGCAGAGCUCCUGUUUGAUCCAUUUCUUUUUCCUAGCCUGGCCCAUGUUUGUAUUUUCCUAAAGCAAAUUAUUUUUCAACUACAGACGUGUAAGGACUCCAUGACACAGGAAAAACAUAUUUGAAAUGUCUAAUAGAAAAAAAUGUUUGUUUUUUAAAAUUUUUUCUUAUUGUCAACAAAUCUCUUCGCUGCCCCCUGUCUGUGGCAUCAAACUAUACUCACUCCUACUGAAUAGUUGGUGUUCAAAGCUAAAUCAUAGUUUAUAUUUCAUUUGACGUAAAUUAGGAACUGAACCAUAUGGACAAAAGUACCACACCACCUGCACACUGGACCUACAGGAGCUGCUCGGCCAUGGAAACCCAUGCUAUGAAGCUCCCAGCGCACAGUUUUUGUGCCAGAGGAGGUUUGGAGCUCUGCAGUUACUGAGUCAGCAGAGCGUUUGUGACUUUUACACACUAUACACCUCAGCACUUCCCGCUUUGUAAUAUAACCACUUACAGCUGAUCAUGUAGUAUCUGGGAGGGAAGACGUUUCACUCUCUCAACGUCAGUGAGCUCUCUAUAGAGAAUGACCAGUUCCUUUACAAGUGUUUGUCAAGGCACACAUGACUAAGUGCUUGGUGUUAUGUGACAAUGGGACUGAAAACACCCCCAAUACUUUUGUCCAUAUGGUGUAUUUCCAGCUGUAGAUUUAGGUGCUAUCUUUGGUGAGUAUGUGUGGACCUAGCUAAAACUACAGUACUCAAGGUCAUUAUAAUGACAGUAUUUUCAACCACUUUUGAAUGUUAGUCAUGGUUUCCUUUGAUUGUGGAUCUUCAUGUUUUCAUGUGUUUUCUUUGUUGACAAUAAGAGAAACAUGUUACCAGUCUUAACUUCAAAAGCCCUGCAGAGUCACGCAGUUAUUGUUGGUAGUCAGUCCUCUACUCAGCUGUGCGUGCUGUGAAUGAAAUGGUGUGUAUUAAUAAAGGUAAAUAAAGGUGGACAUCAUCACACUCUAAUGGGGGCAGAGUUUGUACUUGAAAGGUUGGUCUGCACUUGUAACCACACGUGUAAGCGCUUUACUGUAAGUUCAAGACCUUUGGUUUCCCCCCACAGCAGCCAUUAUGACACAAAAUGAUACGUAAAUGCAGAAAUCACAUGAAUUAUAACGCUGCACCUAAACAGAACAGAUGGUUCAUUAAUGUCAAUAAUAACUCCUGCUUUUUCCAGCUAAUUCAUGCCAGAAUGGCUGCUGUGAAGUAGGUCCAUAUCACACUGUUGGAAAGGUUUAGUAAUAAUAUAGAUCCAACCCCUUUUGCUCUAAUUUAUAUUCUAAAGAUGGGCCCCUUAGAAUAUGUAAUUUUCACAGCUGUUCUGUACAAUGUUGAAUAUGGCAUAUAGGUGCUGCAUUGUGGUGAUCUAUGGAAUUGCACUUUGACAUGUGGGUGUGCGUGCGUGCGUGCGUGCGUGUGCGUGGGGAGGGGUGAAAGCGUAACUGAUAAACACAAGUAAUGUACAGCAUGUCUGGGAGGAAUUGUA